AUGUACAACAUUCACAACUCGGAUUCCCGCCAUCCACUUCUCGCAUUACGAUCCGCUGAUACGCUCCCUCCUAACCAACAUUUUUCAACAGCGCUACGCGCGUCCACGAUUCCACCCGCCAAUGGUAGCAUGUCAGUGUAUCAAAGCUGUCGUGACUCUACAAGAACUAACAGAUCAGGUCAGCCAUUCACAUAUGGACGUUAUGCCACAUGUCUAGCAGCUACUGCUUCCACAGGAUGUAGAUUGGAGGGGAGCUAUCUGGCAGGAAUUCCUUAUGCCUCGGCCGUAGGUUCCUCGCAGUACAAAGCCGCUAUAUAA